GAGAGAGGAGGGGGCAGGCGAGAAAGACAGGCAGAGGAUGCACAGAGAGAAGGCUAUAGUGACAGGAGAUAAAGUGAGGGAUGGUAUAAAUGAGGAAGCAGCGGAAAGCAAAAGACAAGGGCAGAAGAUAAGAUAAAGGAACACAAUUUUCCUAGUUUAAAGCUUUGAGACUGCCAUGCUUCUUGCAGAGAUGUUCUUUGCUUAAGAUUUAAGUGUCCCCAGGCAACUCUGGACUCUGUCUGCUGGGUGGGAAGUGCCAAAAACAGGCUAUAGUCUAGCAUAAUAAAAAUAUAGCAAAGGGGAAAAGUUAGAAGGAGCUCAGGCCUUAGUACCAUGGAGAAAGAUCAGCUGUCGGGACCCCAAAAAGAACUGAUUCGUGAGAGCUGGCAAACAGUAAGCCAGGACCAGCUGCAUCAUGGCACAGUACUCUUUUCCAGGUUAUUUGAACUGGAGCCAGAGCUGGUCUUUCUUUUUCAGUACAACUCCUCUCAUUUUUCUGAAGUGCAGGAUUGCCUGAGAUCAGCUGAAUUCACAGAGCAUAUCCGUAAAGUAAUGACAGUGAUUGAUGCUGCUGUGAGCAGUCUGGACAGCUUGUCUUCCCUAGAUGAAUACCUGACCAGCCUCGGGAGAAAGCACAGAGCUGUAGGAGUGAAACUGGAAUCCUUUAAUACUGUAGGGGAAUCCCUUCUCUUCGCUCUGGAGUCGGGUUUAGGAGACGCUUUUACUUCUGAUACUCGAGAAGCCUGGAGCCUGCUGUAUGCCAGUGUGGUACAAUCCAUGAGCCGUGGUUGGCACAGAGAUUCCCAGGAAUAGCGAGAGGACAACUAACAGACAAGUAAUAUAUAUUCUCACAGUGUAGAAGAGUUCAUUCUUCAGACCCGUAAUGGCAGGACAGCCACUGUGCAGCACUUCACAAAUAACCCACAGUGCUCUGCACACAGAUGUGCAUUUUUGCAGAGAAAAAAAAAUCAGGGACAUAAUGCUGGAAUUGUGCCGAAAAUCGUACAAAUAUCUGAAGGCUGGAUGGAGUUUAGAAUUCUGUAAUCCUCACCCGUUCAUCUGCUGAAGUACGACUCUUGCCGUAUACUGGAGCAGGUCAAGUUGUUAUGCUGUGCAAAUAUUCUGAGCACUGUGUUUUACUGUAUUUUUCCACAAUGUCUCUAUAUAUAAAUAUAUAUAAGUAUCUUAAAUAUGCUAUAUAAAACUGUGUAUUUAUCUUUGUGACAUAUACUUCUGAUUGUGUAGAAUAUGUGCAGUAAAUGAUAACCUGCAAAUGCAUUAAAAUCUUAUGCUUAUAAUGAUUUCCAAAGUACCUAUGCCUAAUCCUCUUUUUCUGUAAGUACCUCUUGUUCUGUGGGAAUCUUAUUUGUAUAUCUAUGAGUCUAUAUUAAUAAAAUGCCUAAUUCCACGA